AUGCAGAAUAAGCUCAUUCAAGAAAAAAAAGAAAAUUUAUUAAAAAGUUUAUUACUGAAGUAAAAGGAAAAAAAAAAAAAAACAAACAAACAGGAAGUGGAGGCCCUGACUGCAAAUAUCCAGAAUAUUAAGCAAGAAUAUGCUAGGGAGAAGGAAACUAUUUCCCAUCUUAACAAUGAAGAGAGGUUGAAAAGACUACAGAAAUCUGCAGGUUUGAAUAAAGAUCAACUUGGACUAGAAAUUCAAAAAAUUUAUGGUGAUAAAUUGCAGGUUAUAUUCACUAAUAUUGACCCUAAGCAUCCUGAUAGCCCAUUUAUGUUUUCCCUUUGCCUAAAUGAAGCAAGAGACUAUGAAGUGUCAGAUAGUGCUCCUCCUCUUCAGUGCCUAGCAGAAUUUCAAUAAAAUGUAAGGAAGACCAACAAUUUUUUGGCUUUUCUUGAGAAAGUUUGGAAAGCUUUUGCUGCUAUAGUUUAUAAUUAA